AACCACCAAUACGCUGAGUAAUGCUGGAUGGCAUACCCAUGGAUGCCAUGUCGUCCUUUGUCGGAGCUGAUGAGCAAACUGCAGAGCUUCGUAUAGCUAUAAAUCGGCGGAAUGUCACUCACCAGGUCAAUGAUCAUACUUCCUGCAUCCCAGCUCAUUCUCACCGGAAAGACACGCUUAUCCAAUGGAGGGCCUCUUCCGCAAUAGCACAGCCGGCCAAUUGCUGCGCUGGAUCACCAGAAACAAAGUCUUACCAUACCCGGAAGAGCAACCGGGUUUCCAAUGCCCUCAAUGCUACGCUGAUCGGGCCGUCUCCCCGACCCUCUUCACCCACGAAGCAGACGGUGAACCGACCUCGAAGCCCGAAUCGGAUGCAGAGGCAGACGAAGAAAGCGAAGGCGUGGCGGAGAAUGCCUCCAGAUCGGAAGCCCUGGACCGAGAGCUGAGUCGAGUGCCUUCGAUGGGAGACGUGGAAAAGGUUCGCUCGCAAUCGGAUCUGGCGCGUCUCUAUUCGGUGGCCACGCAGACCGAAGCCCUACAGGCGGCACCCAGUCGACCCAUUGCGCCCACCAAGACCGCCGAUGGCACUAUCCUGGUCGACUGGUAUACCACGCAUGAUCCCGAGAAUCCACAGAACUGGUCCUCGGGCAAGAAGCUGCUCACCGUCGCGCAAAUUUAUCUCUACACGCUAGUCGUCUACAUGGGCUCGUCCAUUUACACCCCCAGCGCUCCCCAGAUUCAAGCCCGUUUCGGCGUCUCCGAGACGGCCGCCUCCUUGGGUCUGGCCCUGUAUGUCCUGGGAUAUGGCUUCGGGCCCAUGCUCUUUUCACCCCUCAGCGAAAUUCCCAGCGUCGGACGCAACCCGCCGUACAUCAUCACCUUUACUCUUUUCAUCGUGUUUAGCAUUGGCGCUGCGGUCGUCGACACCUUCGGGGGACUUCUCGUGCUCCGCUUCCUCCAGGGCUUCUUUGGUAGUCCAUGUCUUGCGACCGGCGGUGCGAGCAUCGGGGAUGUGUACAGCCUGCUCAAGCUCCCGUACGGCCUCACCACCUGGGCGGCGUUUGCCACUCUCGGUCCGGCUUUGGGACCGGUCAUCUCCGGCUUCAGCGUCCCGGUCAAGGGCUGGCGCUGGUCCAUCUGGGAGACGGUCUGGAUGUCCGCCCCGAUCCUCGUGCUGAUGUUCUUCUUGCUCCCGGAGACGUUCCCAGACACCAUCCUCCUGCGCCGCGCCCAGCGUCUGCGUCGAAUUACCGGCAACAACAAGCUCCUCUCCCAGUCAGAAAUCAACCAGAAGCAGCUUACCGUCACCGCCGUGGCCAUGGAGGCGCUCUAUCGCCCGUUCCAAAUCGUCGUCCUCGAUCCCGCCAUCCUCUUCGUCAACGUCUACACCAGCCUCAUCUACGGCAUCUACUACUCCUUCUUCGAGGUGUUCCCCCUCGUUUACAUCGACAUGUACCACUUCAAUCUAGGACAAAUGGGCCUCGUCUUCCUCAGCAUCGCCGUCGCCCUGGCCAUCGCCGUCCCGCUAUACUUCAUCUACCUCAACAAAGUGUUCGAGCCGGAAAUCCGAACCCAAGGCAUCGGGUCCCCCGAACGACGACUCAUCCCCGCCCUCUUCGCCUGCUUCCUCCCUCCGAUCGGACUCUUCCUCUUUGGCUGGACCUCCCGGCCCUCGGUGUACUGGAUCGUCUCGGUGGUCGGGAUUCUCAUCUACACCAUCGGUAUCUUCAUGGUCAUCCAGUGCAUCUUCAUUUACAUUCCCAUGACCUAUCCGCAGUACGCGGCGAGUCUGUUUGCAGGGAAUGAUCUCAUGCGGAGUGCCUUGGCCUGUGGGGCGGUACUAUUUGCACGUCCAUUGUAUGUCAAUCUGGGAGUUGGACCGGGCAUCAGUCUGUUGGCCGGCUUGACGGUGGGAUGUAUUGGGGGGAUGUUUGCGCUGUAUUAUUAUGGGGCGGCGCUGCGGGCGAGGAGUCGUUUUACCGCGAAGUAGGCAUCAUGUAAUUUUUUUUUUAUCUGCUCUAUUACCUUGAUAAGUAUUAUAGGUUAUAACGAACUAAUAAGACUGC